AAACAUACUUUGUGCUUGGUGAUAUUAUUCGGAGCUUCUCUCCAAAUUGAAGUGUUGGAGCGGUUAUUCUCAAGAUGAAGUUUGAGAAUGUGCUGGCAGAGGUGGACGGCUUUGGGAGAUUCCAACUAAUGAUAAUCCUCAUGACUGUAAUACCUCGUAUGACUUUGCCUUUUCACUUUCUGCUGAAUAAUUUCAUUGCGGUUAUUCCUUCUCACCACUGCAACAUCAGCUCUCUGGAUGAUGGAGGAUACUUUGGGAAUUUAUCACAGGAAGAGAGGCUUAUUGUUGGUAUUCCAGUCCAGGAGGAUGGGACGCCUGACUCCUGUCAGAUGUUUGCACAGCCUCAUUAUCAUCUGCUGCUGAACUCCUCCAGCAUGAGUGAACUACCGACAGUGCCGUGCCAAGAUGGAUGGGUGUACGAUACCUUCAGGUCUUCUCUGGGCACUGAGUGGGAUCUGGUCUGUGAUAAAAGAAGACUGAACAGAGCCACAGUCACUAUCUUCUUCUUGGGGGUCAUGUGUGGAGCAGCAGCAUUUGGCUAUAUUAGUGACAGGUUUGGCAGGAAACCCAGUCUUCUGCUGUCCUAUGUAACAACGGCUCUCUUUGGAUUUACAAGUGCUCUCUCAGCUAAUUUCACCAUGUUUGCUGUCAUGAGAUUCCUCACUGGAUUUGGAAUUUCCGGCAUAAGUAUUAACAGCAUCGUCCUUUGUAUUGAAUGGGUGGACAUCAAACAUCGAACUGCAGUUGGCGUUUUAAUGAGUCUGGACUGGAGUAUUUUUACUACUCUGCUUCCUGUUAUUGCAUAUUUUGUGAAUCACUGGAGGGUCCUUACUGCCACAGCAACCUCCCCGCUGAUUCUGGCAAUGAUUUCUUGGUGGUGGCUCCCUGAGUCUGCCCGAUGGCUAAUAAGUAAUGGAAAGGUAAAAGCUGCUCAUUUUUACUUGAGCAAGUGUGCAAAAGUCAACGGCAGAGAGCAGUUCAUGGCAGACAUAAAACCAGAGACUCUGUCAAAAGUCAUAUUUGUGGAAAGUCAAAACAGAAAAUACUCCUAUUUGGACCUUGUGAGGACGCCCAAAAUGAGGCGACUGGCUCUCCUCACUGGCAUUGUCUGGUUUGGAGUGGCCUGCCCUUAUUACGGAAUCAGCUUCAAUAUCACUGGAUUUGGUUUGAACAUCUAUCUCACACAGUUGAUCUACGGCUUGAUUGAACUUCCAGCCAAAGCAUUUAUCUAUUUCACUUUGAAAAAAAUAGGCCGAAGGUCAAGUCAGAGUGGAGCGCUUGUUCUGACUGGACUGUGUAUAUUUUGCAACAUGUUUGUACCUCAAGAUAUGGGGCUUUUUCGGACAGCUGUGGGAGCUUUGGGCAAGAUGUUUGCAGAGGCAUCUUUCACAUGCGUAUAUCUGUACACAACAGAGCUUUACCCCACAGUAAUGAGGCAAAAUGGAUUGGGUUACAGCUCCUUUGUGGCCCGUAUAGGCGUGUCUGUUUCUCCCCUCAUCAUCCUCCUUGAAGAAGUGUGGGGCCAUUUACCAAGUACCAUAUUCUCUCUGGUGGCUAUUUCUGCAGGGCUGUCAUGUUAUUUUCUUCCUGAGACACAAAAUGUCCGUUUACCAGAGACCAUUGAAGAGGUGGAACACCCAAGAAGAAGAUCAAUCGCCACAUAUGAUGAAAAAUCUCAACCCUGAACAAUUUUGCAGUGUAAACCAUGGCCAAUUAGUUGAGUUGCAGGGCAUAUACUGUAUGUAAGUGGUGGCAGUGUGUGUUUUUAAUAAUACAAGAAAAAACAAGCAAGUGUUUUUUUUGUUCUUAUAAUAAUAACCUAUAAAACUUUCUUAAAAUGUAUAUUUUAAUAAAUGUGCUGUUCUUCAUCGAUAAAUAUAUUCAACAUUAACUCAUAAGUAGUGUAUGAAUCAUUAGCAAACAUUUCAUUGAUAAAAAACUUGAUUAUGUUGUUAUGUGUGAACAUAUUAAGGUCACUUUAUUAUUUUUGAAAGUCCUUUGUGUGCAAACACUCUAUAUCAUCAAAUUAAGAUAUAAAAUGCCAAAUAUAUAUAGAAUAAAUGUGGAAUUCCAGAAUGAAUGUCUUAAAUGUUGAAUAAGGAAUAGUUGUAUCUUAUUUUAUUGAUUAUUUGUUUUGAAAUUAAAAUCUUUUCUUUAAGGAAA